AUGUUUCGGGCUACGUCUCGUCUGCUCAACAGCAGCCGCAUAACCCUCUUCACACGCGUCAAUUGUUCACUUUGCGACACCGCAAAGUCAGUCGUCGGAAACGUGAAAACCAACCGACCAUUCGCAUACCAGGAAAUCGAUGUGAUGCAACCGGGCCAAGAGAAGUGGAAGUCGGUCUAUGAAUUCGACACGCCGGUGAUCCACGUCGAGAAAAUUGAUGUCGGGGAAACCUCAGCGUCGGCUUUGAAACUGAUGCAUAGGUUCAUGGAAGAGGAUGUUUCGAAGCUUCUGGAUGAUGUCGAACGUUCGUGA